AUGGAGAUAGUUCAUCUAGAAGAUGAAGAGCUUGCAUUCGAGCUAGCUUUGAGAAAAGUAAAAGAAAGCAAAGGACAAGAUCGAGCUGUCAAAUUAGCAAAUCUACAAAAAGCGUUGGAUAAGGAAAUUAAAUCGGGGGAAAUUGCAACAACUGCAACUCACUUUAUGACAGAUGUUGACAAUAUCUAUCAGUGCCAGGCCAAAAUUCCAAUCAUUCUUAAUUUAGUGGAAAGUGCUAUCCGUCAAGAAACUCCAGAAGUUUUGAAAAAAGGACGUUCCAGGCUGUUACACUACCGCUAUCGCUUAUCUUUAAUUCAGGAUAAACUAAUCACAGCGAACGCUAGUAAGUCGAUUGCAAAAGUGGAGGUCGCUCUCACGAAAAUUGAUGAUUUUUUAAAGGGACAAGCAUCGAAAACCGUUUUAACCGGUGAGGACCAGGAAAUUCUUCCCAGUGAAAAGGACAUAUUAGAUAGACUGAAAAACUCCAAACUUCAGUCCAGCAUCAAAGAAGCGGCUUUGCAAAAUGACGUUCCAGUUAAUGAAGAGCAUCUACGAAACCAGCAUCAGCAUCUACAAGAACAACAACCGUUUCUGCCAGGUCAAGAUGAUCAUCGAGAACGAAUGUAUCGUGAACAACAACUUCGUGAAGAAUUAAAACGGGAACAACAACUUCGAGCUCAAUUACAACUAAAACUAGAACAGCAAAAACUAGAAAAUGAGCAAAAAGAUCAAGUGCAACGAGAACGAGAAAGACUACUAGAACAGCGUGUUAUCCAUAGACAAGAGCAACAAGGUCAACCACUGCAAUGGGAUCAUCAGAUAAGAGAGAGAUCAGCAGUGCAUCAAAUCCAUCAAAAGUCAUCGGAUUCAGCAGCUUACAUUCCACCAAAUCCUUUCCAAAUAUCUCAACUAGAACUCCAACAUCAGUUUCAAACCCUACUUCAACAAAAGCAACAACAAUUCGAGCAAUUCAUGCAACUCCAGCAGGAGUUUGAGAAGUUGCAAAAAACUUUAGCGAAGGAGCAAGAAAAAAGAGAAAAUCUGGAGCGUCUUCUUCAACAACAAAGAAACCAUCCGUAUGAAACAUGGGGCAGAACAGAACAACCGCUGUGGCAAUCUGAAGGAAACGUUGGGACAACUCAACAAAAUAGACCAAACGAUAAUCAAUAUUUUCAAAAAUUUUCUCAACCAGUGUAUAAAUGGAAGAUGGAAUAUGCAGGUGAGAACAAUAUUCGUAAGUUAGGUGAGUUCUUGAAUGAUGUCAAGGUGUAUGCUUGGACGGAAGGGGUGGAUGACGUAACAUUAUUGCGAUCAGUGAAGCAUCUUCUCAGAGGACCAGCUCAACAGUGGUACACUAGAGCCUACGAGACCUUUGUCAGUUGGGAUCACUUUAAAACGGAAAUAAAAAGAGAAUUCUUACCGCCGAACUAUUCAGAGAUUCUGAAACAAGAUCUCUACCUUCGUUUUCAAGGGGUAAAUGAAACAUUCACAGCAUUUUCCAGCGAUUUGUUAGCAAACUUUGAAAUAAUUGAACCUCCGAUGCUUGAAACAGAGAAAAUGUUCAUAUUGAAAUCGCACCUCAACAUUGACUUUGUACCUAAAGCUGCAGCGGCACAAGUCAGCACAGUCAGUGAAUUGGUAAAAGUGUGCAAAGAUUUUGAGGUAUCGCGAUCAUAUGCAUUAAAAAAUCGUCCCAUAAACAGUCAAAGACCAGUGUGGACCAGAGCAUUGAAUACUAGUAAUCCAAGACCAACAGUACCCAACACAUAUCAACAGAAUCCAGCGUAUCGACCAAAUUUUCCCCGACAACACGUGAAUAUGGUCACAGCAGAGGCUUUUCGUCCAAGGCAAGAAAGAAAUCAGGAAGAGUUUAACGAUGUCGAGCCAUCGCAGUUUGAGUCUGAAUUCGGACAAGGUGCAGCCGAUAUAUCUCCGACCAUUUCAGAAGAAGUCAACGCAUUACAAUCAGGCAUCAGAACUCCGUAUAGGCCAUCCAGACCUGCUGACGCUCCGACGGACUCCGAGAUACAACCAAACAGAAUCUUCUCUGCUCCUAUUGUUUGCUGGCAAUGUGAAAAACAAGGGCAUACUUUCCUAAUGUGCCCGAAUCCCAAAACUUACAUUUUCUGUUUUACCUGUGGGAAAAAGGGUUGUACAACGCGAAACUGCCAAACCUGUCAGGCGAGAUGGAGACAGCUAGCACCAGAUUCUCCUAAUGUAUAUCCGGGAAACGGCUACAGGGAGAACUCUCAAUGA